AUGCAGGGUGUUGCUGAACUUGGUGAGAGGAUUGAGGUGAUUGCCAAUAAUAUGCAAAAGUACAUGUCCUUCAGAGUGGGCAAGCAAUUGGUUUUCAUUGACUCGAUGCAGUUUAUGAGCAGUAGUCUUGGGGACCUUGUGGAGAAUCUUGAUAAUGAUCGUUUUAAGAGGAUGCGGUGUGAAUGGAAAGGUCAGGAGCUUGAGAUGUUACUUGAGAAGGGCGUUUAUCCUUACGAACAUAUGAACUGUUGGGAGAAAUUCAAUGAGAAGAGCUUGCCUGAGAAAUCUGCUUUCUAUAGUUCACUGUACGAGGAAGAGGUUAAUGAUGAUGACUAUUUGAGAGCGUGUAAGGUGUAUGAGAAGUUUAAUUGUAGUAACUUAGGUGAUUACUAUGAUUUAUACUUGAAGACUGAUGUGCUGUUGUUAGCAGAUGUUUUUGAAGACUUUAGGAGAGUUUGUCUUGGAAGCUAUAAGUUGGAUCCUGCACAUUACAUUUUUGCUCCUGGACUCAGUUGCUCCUGGACUCAUUAUGCAGGGUGUUGCUGAACUUGGUGAGAGGAUUGAGGUGAUUGCCAAUAAUAUGCAAAAGUACAUGUCCUUCAGAGUGAGCAAGCAAUUGGUUUUCAUUGACUCGAUGCAGUUUAUGAGCAGUAGUCUUGGGGACCUUGUGGAGAAUCUUGAUAAUGAUCGUUUUAAAAGGAUGCGGUGUGAAUGGAAAGGUCAGGAGCUUGAGAUGUUACUUGAGAAGGGCGUUUAUCCUUACGAACAUAUGAACUGUUGGGAGAAAUUCAAUGAGAAGAGCUUGCCUGAGAAAUCUGCUUUCUAUAGUUCACUGUACGAGGAAGAGGUUAAUGAUGAUGACUAUUUGAGAGCGUGUAAGGUGUAUGAGAAGUUUAAUUGUAGUAACUUAGGUGAUUACUAUGAUUUAUACUUGAAGACUGAUGUGCUGUUGUUAGCAGAUGUUUUUGAAGACUUUAGGAGAGUUUGUCUUGGAAGCUAUAAGUUGGAUCCUGCACAUUACAUUUUUGCUCCUGGACUCAGUUGGGAUGCUAUGUUGAAAAGGACCGGUAUCAGGUCGGAUUUGCUCUCUAAUGUUGACAUGUAUCAGUUCAUCGAGAAGGGAAUGAGAGGAGGUGUAAGCUAUAUUGGUCAUAGAUAUGCAAAGGCUAAUAACAAGUAUAUGAGUGACUAUGAUUCGAGUAAGCCGAGUAGUUAA